UCCUCUAACCAAGCUGAAUAUGUUUGUUCUUACGUUUUGUGUAUUUGUCCUGUAUUGUGAUUUCAUGAUUGCAGCAACCCAUGCUGCAAAAUGCAGGUAUCCCUUUAAGAAGAUAGGGGACGGUUGUUACUUCAUAAACAGGGAGACAACAACGGCAGAUAGGGCAUUUGCUUUGUGUUUAAGGCGUGGUGCAUACCUCGCCAAUUUGGAGACGCUAGAAGAAGCCAUGUUGAUUAAAUAUGAACUUCAACAAAUGCAUAAAGGGAUAAGCUUCGUUGUCGGAGGUCGGAACAUAAACAGAUACGUCCCUGGUGGAGACUGGAGAUGGAUACAAAAUGGAAAAAUGAAAAAAAUGACGUACAAAGCUUUUGCCUCUGGUGAACCUAACGGCAGUCAUUCUAGUGAACAAGACUGCAUGCUGUUGUAUGCAGGAGUAGGACAUGACAUUUACGACAAUGCUUGUAAUCAUUACCUCAAUGGGUACAUUUGUGAGAUAUGAAAGUAAUAAACUUACUCUUA